GUUUCAAAAAUAUUUUCAAUAAAAGGUUUUGAGUCAUGUACAGAUUCAUCCUAAAUUCAUUUUAUUAAAACCUAAUGAGUCAAAGUAAAAAUACGAAGGGUCACUUAGGGUCUCUAAGGUCUUUACUUUUCCUAAUCUUUGAAGGAUCCUGGGAGAUCUAAAUGAUGUGGUUUGUAGCUUGAACACUUUCUUUCUUGUGGCUUUGGAUCUUGAAUUUGGUAGCUUCAUGGCCAUGGAUUUAAUAGAGAUUUACAUUGUGGCUUUAUGGAAUUAGCCAAUUACAAUAAGCAAUUUCCAAACAAGUGGUUUGUUCUUAGUGUUUGAAUGCAGAUCUUCCACAAAGGUGGAACUUUCUCAUGGAAUCCUGUGCGGCUGACGUUAAUCUUUGAUCUCAGAUACAAUGCAUACAUCUGCCAUGGGAAUCUGUACUGGAAAGUGAAAUCCAAGAAUUCAUGCCGGACAUAGUUUUGGGUGCAGAUGUAAUUUAUAAUCCAUCAUGCCUACCACAUCUUGUUCGAGUUCUUGCUGUUCUUUUGAACCGUGGAAAAUCCUACUCCCGAGAUUGGAUUGACAGCCGGGGCUUAUCACUGGGUCAAAAACCUGAAAGAAAGAAAAUGUGCUACAAGAAUGAGUUGAACACAGAUGAUUCUGGUGAUAAUGAUAGGCUUGAACUUGAUGUUUGCAAAGGUGAAGAAUUGUGUAAUAGUGCUCAAAAUGCUGAAUAUCUGUGUCAUGCAGUGAAGGAAAGGCCAGUGGCAUUUAUUGCUUCUGUCAUUCGCAAUAUCGACACCUUUAAUCAUUUUCUUACACUAGCAGAUCAGGCAAAUCUCAUUGUCACAGAGCUCACUGAAAAGAUUACGCCAUUUAAUUUGCUUCCUUACCUGAAGUCAUACCAGCGAUCAAGUAUUCGAAUGUUUACCAUUUCAUAUUUAUGUGACUAACAUUUUUAUUUAUGCUGUGUCUGAUAAUGAACCAGAAAUACAAUAAUUUGAGUGACUGGGUACAAUUUGGUCUGAUUCUGAGAAUUUCAUUUGUGCUAGUGACUUGGUUCAAUUUUUAAACCAGAAUUACAAUAAAUGUGUCCCCCAUGGAGCUUGUAAUUUAUCUCCUAUUGGAGUGAAGGCGGAGGGCCGUGCUUAUCA